UUUCCCUGCUCUCCUCAGAUCCGAAAUUAUUCUUUUCGGUUCACCGAUUUCUAGCAUUUUAAUGGCGAUGAAGGUUCUUAUUUGAUGGGUUGAAGUUGAGGCACUUACUAUUGUGACACUUUGAAGGGCUUACUCAUGGCAAAGUCGAGACAGCAUUUUUCUGCUCAAGAUGAGUCGCCUAGAUCGAGGGAGUGGGAUGGCCUAUAUAAUGAAUACUUCAAUUCCGAAAUGCCUUCUACAAGCUGGAAGUCUGCUGGCUCUGAGGGACAACCACAGAAUUCGGCAGCUGCUCAGAAGGGUUUGAACAUGCAAUGGGUGGUACAACUCACUGAUGUCGCUGAAGGUUUACUGGCGAAGAUGUAUAGAUUGAACCAAAUUUUGGAUUAUCCAGAUUCAGUGUCACAUAUGUUUUCGGAUGCAUUUUGGAAGGCUGGUGUGUUUCCAAAUCAUCCCAGAAUCUGUGUGCUGGUUUCGAAGAAAUUUCCUGAGCAUCCUAAUAAAUUGCAAGUAGAACAGGUUGAUAAGAUAGCUCUGGAUGCUUUGCAUGAUAAUGCUGAAGUCUAUUUACAAAACUUGGAACCGUGGGUGCUGCUCCUCCUUGAUUUGAUGGCAUUUCGAGAACAGGCUUUGCGGCUUAUAUUGGAUCUAAGUAGUACAGUUAUUACCUUACUGCCUCAUCAAAAUUCGCUGAUUUUGCAUGCAUUUAUGGAUCUCUUCUGUUCGUUUGUUCGUGUUAACCUCUUUUCUGAGAAGAUUCCCAGGAAAAUGAUGGUGCAAAUGUAUAACCUUUUGCAUGCCAUGUUAAGAAAUGGCAGAGACUGUGAGUUUUAUCAUCGGUUAGUUCAGUUUAUAGACUCUUAUGAUCCACCAUUAAAGGGGUUGCAAGAGGACCUUAAUUUUGUCAGCCCCCGUAUUGGAGAGGUUUUGGAGGCUGUGGGUCCUGUUAUUUUUUUAUCUACUGAUGCAAAGAAGUUGAGAAACGAGGGGUUUUUAAGUCCGUUUCAUCCUCGAUAUCCGGACAUACUUACAAAUUCUGCUCACCCAAUGAGGGCUCAAGACCUAGCAAAUGUUAAUUCUUACAGGGAAUGGGUUCUCCUUGGAUAUCUUGUUUGCCCUGAUGAAUUACUUCGUAUCACUAGCAUUGACAUUGCUUUGGCUGCACUGAAGGAAAACUUAAUUCUGACAUUGUUCAGGGAUGAGUAUGUGCUAUUGCAUGAAGAUUAUCAGUUUUAUGUUCUACCACGUGUAUUAGAAUCAAAGAAAAUGGCAAAAUCUGGACGUGCAAAGCAAAAAGAAGCCGAUCUGGAGUAUAGUGUUGCAAAGCAGGUUGAGAAAAUGCUAAGUGAGGUGCAUGAACAAGCAUUAAUAUCUUGCGAUGCUAUACAUCGAGAGAGGAGAAUACUAUUGAAGCAAGAAAUUGGAAGAAUGGUUCUCUUUUUCACUGAUCAGCCAAGUUUAUUGGCUCCCAACAUUCAGAUGGUAUUUUCUACAUUGGCUUUAGCUCAAUCUGAGGUCAUUUGGUACUUUCAACAUGUUGGAGUUGGAUCACCUAAAUCUAAAUCUGCCAGGAUGGUACCAGUUGAGAUAGAUCCAAAUGAUCCUACAAUAGGGUUUUUGUUGGAUGGAAUUGACCGCCUUUGUUGUUUAGUGCGCAAGUACAUCUCAGCAAUAAGAGGCUAUGCUUUAUCAUACUUAUCAUCCUGUGCUGGUAGAAUCCGGUUUUUACUGGGUACUCCGGGCAUGGUGGCUCUUGACCUUGAUGCUACACUGAAAGGGCUUUUUCAGCAGAUAGUUCAUCAUCUUGAAAACAUACCAAAACCGCAGGGUGAAAAUAUUUCUGCCAUUACAUGCGAUCUCUCCGAUUUUCGUAAGGAUUGGUUGUCGAUAUUAAUGGUUGUCACAUCUUCUCGGUCAUCCAUAAACAUUAGACAUUUGGAGAAAGCUACUGUCUCCACUGGGAAAGAGGGAUUGUUAUCAGAAGGGAAUGCUGCUUUCAAUUGGUCCAGAUGUGUCGAUGAACUUGAAUCUCAGCUGUCAAAGCAUGGAAGUCUUAAAAAGUUGUACUUCUAUCACCACCAUCUUACAGCAGUGUUCAGGAACACCAUGUUUGGGCCAGAAGGGCGCCCACAACAUUGCUGUGCAUGGCUUGGAGUUGCUAGUAGCUUUCCAGAAUGUGCCUCUGCCGUAAUUCCAGAAGAGUUAACCAAAAUUGGCCGAGAUGCAGUUUUAUAUGUUGAAUCUCUGAUUGAGUCCAUCAUGGGUGGAUUGGAAGGACUAAUUAAUAUUCUUGACUCUGAAGGAGGAUUUGGCUCUCUUGAGGUUCAGCUUCUUCCAGAGCAAGCAGCAAUUCACAUGAAUUAUGCAACAAAAGCCUCAAACCCUACUAUGAAAUCUCCAAAAGGCAUGUCUGGUUUGCCAUUGCCUGGCCAUGAGAGCUUCCCGGAAAACAAUGGUUCUAUCAAGAUGUUGGAGGCUGCAAUGCAGAGGUUGACAAAUCUGUGCUCAGUUUUGAAUGAUAUGGAACCUAUAUGUGUUCUAAAUCAUGUCUUUGUUUUAAGGGAGUACAUGAGAGAAUGCAUCCUUGGAAACUUCAGGAGGAGACUUCUAGCAGUGUUAAAAACUGACAAUGAUCUUCAGCGGCCAUCCAUUCUGGAGUCACUGAUCCGCAGACAUAUGAGCAUAGUUCAUUUAGCAGAGCAGCACAUUAGCAUGGACCUGACCCAGGGCAUCCGCGAAGUCUUACUCACUGAGGCCUUCUCCGGACCAGUUUCUUCCCUUCAUUUAUUUGAAAAAUUGGCAGACCAAAAUACUGGAACUGCUGUUGAAGCCGUAUGCAACUGGUAUAUUGAAAACAUUGUGAAGGAUGUGUCUGGUGCCGGGAUUUUGUUUGCUCCAAUGCGCAAUUGUUUCAGGAGCACAAGGCCUGUUGGUGGAUAUUUUGCUGACUCGGUUGCAGAUCUAAAGGAGUUGAAAUCCUUUAUUCGUAUUUUUGGUGGCUAUGGGGUAGACAGACUAGACAGAAUGAUGAAAGAACACACAGCUGCGCUACUAAAUUGUAUUGACACAUCACUGCGCUUGAACCGUGAGGCACUCGAGGCGUUUGCUGGAAGCAUGCUUUCUGGUGACCUGGUAGAAAGAGAGGCAAAUUUGAAGCAGAUUGUGGACAUAGACACAGUGAUUGUAUUCUGCAUUCAGGCUGGCCAAGCUCUAGCUUUUGAUCGGCUUUUGGCAGAGGCUGCAGCUGCUAUGUUGGAUGAAGGUGCACCUCUAAUCUUUUCUUUGCUAGCUGAUGUAGCUAAGCAUUUACCUGAUGAGAUUCCUGACAAGGAGGAAAUUAAGAGGUUGAGGGUGGUGACAAAUAAUGUUGGUGUGGUUGGAGAUCAUGAUUCAGAAUGGGUGAGAUCAAUUCUGGGAGAGGUAGGUGGUGCCAAUGACGGUUCAUGGAGUCUACUGCCAUAUCUGUUUGCCGCAUUCAUGACAUCCAGUAUCUGGAACACAACUGCCUUCAAUGUUGACAUUGGGGGCUUCAACAACAAUAUCCACUGUUUGGCUAGGUGCAUCAGUGCUGUGAUUGCAGGCAGUGAGUUUGUUAGGUUGGAAAGGGAACAACAGAAGCAAUCCCUCUCAAAUGGGCAUGCUUCUGAGGUUACGGAGCCUGAAAUCCAUAACCGUUUUUCUGUUGAGGCAAAUAUAAAGUCUCUGAUGCACCUUUUUGUUAAAUGUGCCUUAGGGAUUAUACUGGAUUCUUGGAGUGAGAGUAACAGGUCCCAUCUCAUAGCAAAGCUGAUCUUCAUAGACCAGCUUUGCGAUUUCUCUCCUUAUCUUCCGAGAAGCACUCUUGAGCUCCAUGGUCCUUUUGCUGUUCUCCGUUCUAUAUACAGUCAGUACUAUUCAAAUUCUCCAUCCAUUCCACUGGCUUUGCUAAGCCCGUCACCUCGACAAUCACCCGCUUUAUCUGUCUUCCAUGCAUCUCCAACAUUCCGGCAGAACCGUGGUGAUUGGACACCUCAGUUAGGCACUUAUGAUUCAGGUCACGUAAAGGUGACAUCUGCUCAUAGCCAGGAGCAUAUCUAUGACAAUGAUGGUGGAAGCCUUCGUAGCGUUGACACCAACAGACAGCGGAACAUUCGUCGUUCUGGACCCUUGGAAUACAGUACAAGCAGGAAACUGAAAUUUGUUGAAGGCUCAACUUCAGCUAGCACGACUGGGCCAAGUCCAUUGCCAAGGUUUGCAGUGUCAAGGUCUGGUCCUUUAUUAUACAAGUAGGAAAUGAACAAUUUUGAGAAGAUUGUAAAUUAUUAUUGUUAAUUUGAUUGAUGAGAUAUUCAAAGAUUCAGUUACUUGAUAGUGUAUAUAAAUUAGGGGUACCCAAAAUCAUUUUUCCUAUAAUUUCC